UCUUGGUGUAGAUGAUAUAUACUACUUCAUUUCCAUAAAUCGACGCAUUCCAGAUCAUCACCCGACCAAACCCAAAAUCCCAGAGCAGCCCGCAGAUACUUAUACAGUUGGUAGCUAGGAAACUCCGGCAGAGACACAGGCAGGUGUUGAUCUCCUUAUGGCAGACAACAAUGGCGAAGAACAAGACACAGCAGCGCCGCCGCCCUCGUAUUACUUGGUGUUCCUCAGCAUCAUGAGCAAAAGGAGAACCUGGGUAUGCAUCUUUGUGCUGGUCUAUGCGAUCCUCUUAACGAGCUCAUGGAAUUUCCUUAAAUCCAUACUCUCGUGGUACAAACUACAAGGCCAGCCUUCGCCGUCGUCAUCUGGGUGGCCGGCCCUCUACGCCUCCGUGCUCCUCGGCGCAGUUUUCGGGCUGCUCUCCAUGUUUGCAGCGCUGGCCGUGAUGGUGCCCGCCACUGUGGUGACUUGGAUUGCAAUUGUGGUUCUCUUGGCCUUCUUUGGGAAGCCCAGGAGAGCUUUGGUGGUCGAAGGCAGGAAGAUCACUAGAGAGAUUGUGGGGAUAGUGUUCAAGAUUUUGUUGAAGGAGGGCAAUCUGGUGGCUGCUGUUUGUGCUGUUUUGGGCUACUUUGUACUUUUCAGGAGGAAUGGUAAUGCUACUCCUGACCUUAUUAACUGAAUUUCUUGGCUAAUUCUGGCGGGCGGGGAGGAGAUUUCAAGGAUUUGGAGUUUUGUUUAGGUUUUGGUAAAGUUCCCCUUUCUCCCUGUGAGGAUUGAGAGAGGAUGAAGCUAGAAGCCCUGACCUUUGUUGUAACAUUUUACUUGUGUCCAUUAUAUUGUGUCAUCUCUCACUGGUUUGUGUAAUAUUUAGUACAUUUGUUCAUCUCCAAUCCAUCAAUUUUGUACCCUAUA